GCUCACGCACUGUGCCUGUGCGAGUAUUUGUCGGCGUCUUCACUUCAGCUUCUCCCUUCUCCUUCUCCUUCUCCUUCGGCUCCGGUCUGAAACUGAAACUCAGCCCAAAAUUUCUCUCUGUUCACACGGAAAGGGACGCAGAGAGAGCUUCCCCCGAAGCGGAAAGCAGCUGCUGGAACUGUAAUUGAGCUGGGAGAGUGUUCGUGUUGGUCCCCAUUGAAGCUUCUUCCUCAAGCGCCGCAGUGAUUCCGCGCACCCAAGGUACCCUGCGCCUCCUCGCUCGGAUCAACUGUCCACAAUCUAGGAGAGAAACCCUUCACUAUUGGAUCCGGGGGAUGGCAUCCGGAGUGUCGCGUGCCUGAAUUUUCAAGGCUGAAGAUGAGAGCUUUUUGAGAUUGGAGCCAUACUGCAGUGAACUGGAGCUGCCGGCGGAAAUUCUUUUGACUGUCCGAGCUGAGAACGCUCAUGCACUUUGCAGAUGUAGAGUGUCUACGUUUUUUACUUGCAAAAUCCUUUUUUGCGCCUGGCAGUGAAAAUUUAUUGGCGACCCAAAAGGUAUGAGGAAAAAAUAGAAAGGUCAGAGACACCUAUCUUUAUCUGGAGGUACAUUCACGUGUGAGGCACGGAGAGUCAACCAUCCAGCAGAAGUGCCCGAUGCAGCAGUCUAGGUACAAUGACAUUCGGCUGCUGCAGCAGCACUUGAUGCUCAAGCAGCUGCAGGAACUGCAGAGACAGCAGCAGAUUCCACAACUGUGUGAUGUGAGGCAGCAAAACUCUAUGAACUAUCCCUUUGCAGCAACUAAACAGGCUACGGGGGAUGUUUCACCUCUGCCUUUAAUGAAUGGAACAUUUCCAACUGAUACUUCUCAAUUGCUUACAAAUUGGGACCACCGAGGUGCCUCCCCCUUUGUGCAAGGAUUACCAAACCAUCUCAGUCCAUCAGUAGAGCAAGGUCAAGCCCUGCAUUUAACAGGUUUGCUCCCUCAGCGGGUCAGUGCUUCUAUUUAUGGCGGCACAAGAGAUAAGGAGAGCCAUCCGAGUCAUCUACGAGGGAUUUCCCCCGAGACUGCCAAUUUGGCUAACAAGAUUAAUGAUCACCAGCAGCCUAUAUCUCUUCUGCAAUCAUCAGCAUUGUCUUCAUCCUUCUCAGGGGAUCAACUCGCUGUAUCCUCUGAGCAGGUUUGCGUGUCUGAGGGCUCAUACAUGUCCAAAACGGACUAUCUCGGGCAAAAUAUGUUUGGAGAACUUCCUCAAACUCACAGCAGUGGGCUACUUCCUGGAACUUUUCAACCAGAUAAUGCUAUGCAAACAAGUACACCGGUUCAGGAAUUUAGUUGGAAGCAAGAUCAAGCUGGUUGGCCUGGAAAUGUGCUGCAAAAGCCACCUGAGAUGGUUCCUUUAGAUCCUCUUGAAAAGAAGAUUUUGUACAACUCUGAUGACAAUGCCUGGGAUGCCUCCUUUGCAAAGUAUUCCGACUUCGUUCCUGGAGGCAGUGGAAAUUCUUUCGAGCCCAUGGAUACUUUUCCAUCGCUUCAUAGUGGAAGCUGGAGUGCUCUUAUGCAAUCUGCUGUGGCAGAGACAUCCAGCGGCGAUACUGGCUUGACUGAGGAGUGGAGUGGCUUGACUUAUCAAAACCCGGAGAAUUCAACCGAUAAUCAGGCUUCAGUCAUUGACAGUGGGAAGCUGCAUACAGGUUGGGUGGAUAACAGCUUACAGAGUCCCUUCUCCUUAACGUCAAGCCCUAUUCCGGUGAUCAACAAUUCUGGCAUGAGCCCUAGCAUUCCUGUCUUUCAGCCCUCGAGUGUCCAAUCAUUGAAUAAUCAGCACGAUGGGCUACAUCAAGAUGUAUCACAUGGGGCCGAUCAGAAGCCUGUCACGAAUGCUAUUGAGUGGUUGGAUCGUUAUUCAAUGCAAAAGCCUCCGUUGCAGGGGAACCAGCAGUUUCAACCUCCUUCGCACUUGAAUUCUUGGUCCACCCAGAAUUAUGAUUACCCAGAAGGUGAUAAGAAGCCGCAGUCGGUAACCUCUUAUCACGAUGCCGCACAAUCAUUCAGUCAAGGAGGUCAAAAUAAUGAAGUAAUUUACAAGACGCCAAAUGCCAGUGGUGCUUUAGCGAAUGCAAAUAGUGUAUGCACAGUAGAUGGCUGGAGAUUGGCUGGAGGACAGGAUCAAUUGCAAUCUGCAGCAAGUAUUUUUUCAUCGAACAAGGAAGAUUCUAAACCAAAUAAUUUUAUGGGCAUUCAGAAAUUGAGUACUGAGAGGUCCCAGCAGGAAGCCAGUCAACAUUUGCAUGCUUACAGUCAGCCUAAUGCAUCGAGCCAAGUUGGUAUUCCUAUGCAUGACAUGGGAAAUACAAGCACAGAGAGAAACUCCGAUCAGAAUAUAAGUGCCAGUGUUCUCCAUCAUCCCCUCAAGGCUGUGAAUGAAGCAUACACAGAGGAUAAGGACAAAUUUUCUGGUGUCGAGCACGGGCAUCUCAAUGCCUCUGACAUCGCCACAAACUUGGCUAAGGAGUCAGCCAAUUCUGGAGGAAAUCUGAAAGAAUCAGAGGGAGUUGGUUGUGGAAUUGAACUUCAACCUAAUAAGUCCAUUUCUUUUGAUGGAUCAACGGUUGCCCGUGGUGUGAAUAUUACUGCCCUCAGAAGUGUGGCAGAAAAGGAAUGGGCGGAGGCCACUAAUCGGCUAAUUGAGAAGUUGGACGGUGAAGUUGAAAAGAUCAAAGAGAGGUGGCCGCAGCAGCGAGCAAAGAGAAGGCUCCUCCUGUCAACACAGCUCAUGCAGCAACUGCUUCGUGCUUCGCCUGCGUCCACCCUCUCAGUUGACGUUGCUUCAACUUAUGAUAGUCUAACAUACUUUGUUGCCCAAGUUACAAUAGGAGAUGCAUGCAGCCUAACAAAUUACCAUAACAGUGACUCGUGCAUGCCUUCAACAGCCACUGAUAGGAUUCAAGGAAAGGUUGAAGUUUCUGAGAGAUGUGCUGAUAAUUAUUUUCCCAAGACUAUCGAAGACUUCAUGACCAGAGCAAAGAAGCUGGAAGAUGUCUUAACGAGACUGGAGAAGACAGCACCUUUCUCGGACAUAAAUGUGGAAUCCCAGGAAUUGGAAAGGUAUUCAGUCAUAAACCGUUUUGCAAAGUUCCACAUUCGGGGGCAGCCAAACAGCUCCAAGACGUUGCCGCCCGGCUCCGGAGCAGCUCCGGCAGUUCCGAAAGCUUCACCUCAGAGAUAUGUCGUCGCACAUCCACUGCCUGAGAAACUACCUGAGGGGGUAAAAUGCUUGUCUCUGUGAUCAUCUUGCAAAACGAUGAACCGAUAACCUACAUAAAUUAGUCGGCUAAUUUUGCAGAAGCUUGUCCAAUGCCUUACGAUGAGCUUCGUUGCCACUCACUCUAAUAAACUAUAAUAUAUAUCAGAAGAUGAUAAUGCAGAAGUUUCUUUCCUAACCUCAAAAA